AUGUUCUUCAAGAAGUCUACCCUCGCCCUGGCCUUCGUCGCCCUCGCCAGCUUCGUCUCCGCCGACCAGACCCCGGCCUGUCUCCUGUCCGUCAUCGGCGACACCGCCAACCCGGCCGACCUCGCCACCCUUUGCGGCGAUGACUCCAAGAAGGUCCAGUCCAACAUUUCGGACAAGUGCGGUGACAAGGCCGACAAGGCCCUGAAAUUCUACGCCAACACCUGCAAGGAGAACGGUCACACAGUUGAACUCUCCACUUCCAGCUCGAACACCACCAGCAGCUCCAGCAGCGCUACCGCCACCUCCGGCUCCCAGACUACCAGCACCGGCUCCAGCUCCAGUGGCGACAGCAGCUCUGGUUCCAGCACUUCUUCUGCCCCUCAGACGACCUACACCGAUGCUGCUCCCUUGAACUACCAGUUCUCGGUCACCGCGAUCGGUGCGGCCGUGUUCGUGGGUGCUGCCGCAUUGCUAUAA